AAGGAAUGGACGACGGGGAGUGUGGUGUGGCAGCGCACGGGAAGGGGGCCACUGAAUUUGAAGAAGAAUCUGUGAACCGCUCAGGCGUUUAGCGAGGACACCUCAUUGGGUCCUUUCUUGCUGCCUUCGUGAGCGGGAGGCUGUCCUUACCGGCUCCGGGCCGAGACGGCCGAGGUUCCGCCUGUUCACCGGUACAUGAUUUUCUGCUGUUUCUUGGCAAAAAUGGCAACCAGUGAUGCCGUUCUCAAGAGACUGGAACAGAAGGGUGCCGAGGCAGAUCAAAUUAUUGAAUAUCUUAAGCAGCAAGUUGCUCUUCUUAAGGAGAAAGCAAUUUUGCAGGCAACUUUGAGAGAAGAGAAGAAACUUCGAGUUGAAAAUGCUAAAUUGAAGAAAGAAAUUGAAGAAUUGAAACAAGAGCUAAUUAAGGCAGAAAUUCAAAAUGGAGUAAAACAGAUACCAUUCCCAUCUGGUAUUCCACUGCAAGCUGAUUCUGCGGUUUCUGAAAAUGUGAUACAGUCUAUACCAAUAACAGCCAUAUCUUCUGGUGCCAAAGAGCAGAUAAAAGGAGGAGGAGGAGAAGAAGAAAAGAUGAAAGAGAAAAUUGAAAAGAAAGGAGAGAAAAAGGAGAAAAAACAACAACCAGCAGGAGGAAGUGCUGACUCUAAGCCUAUUGAUGUAUCCCGUCUGGAUCUUCGAAUUGGUUGUAUCAUCACUGCCAGAAAACACCCUGAUGCAGAUUCUUUGUAUGUAGAAGAGGUAGAUGUUGGAGAAACAGCCUUAAGAACAGUUGUCAGUGGCCUGGUGAAUCAUGUUCCUCUUGAACAGAUGCAAAAUCGGAUGGUGAUUUUACUUUGUAACCUGAAACCUGCAAAGAUGAGGGGAGUAGUAUCUCAGGCAAUGGUGAUGUGUGCUAGUUCACCAGACAAAGUUGAAAUCUUGGCACCUCCUAAUGGGUCUGUUCCUGGAGACAGAAUUACCUUUGAUGCUUUCCCUGGAGAGCCUGACAAGGAGCUGAAUCCUAAGAAGAAGAUUUGGGAGCAGAUCCAGCCUGAUCUUUACACUAAUGAUGAGUGUGUGGCUACAUACAAAGGAGCUCGCUUUGAGGUGAAAGGGAAGGGAGUCUGUAGGGCUCAAACUAUGGCCAACAGUGGAAUAAAAUAAAAUAAAACACUUCAGUUACUGAAAUACAUUAGAGAAAACUUAACAAUAAAAAGAAAUAUAUUUGUCACUUGUACCUAAAAUAUAACUGGCUCGUUUUUGUGUUAUUUCUCUUCUAGACUUGAGUAGUCUUUUACCUGGCAUAUAUUGUUUUCAGUUAAUUAGAGAAACACUACAUUUUUACCUAUGGUUUUUGAUCCUUUAUGAUACAGGGAGGAAUUUGCCUGUGUUUCAUGAUGAUUUAUUUUUUAGUGAGGAUGUUGGCUAGCACAUUGCUUUUUCUUUAUACAUUUAGGUAACUUGAACUAGAUUAACAUUUAGUUUCUUUGUAGGCACAUGUUGCAUGCAAUUUGAAACCCUUGUAUUUUUAGUAUCUGUAUUAUAAACGCCCUCUCCUCUUUAAAAAGAAAAGUUAGAAUUUUUGUCAGGCUUAUUAACUAAUCUAUAUUGUAAUGGUAUUGAAAAUGACCAACUUGAUUCUAGAGAGCCGAACAAUGUGAAAGCUAGGAGACAUGGCAUUUGAAAAUUAUUGCUGUUGCUUGCCAAAGUAACCCCGACUUACAUACUUAAGGUGACUUUUUUAAAAGACUGAAACUUCCAACUCUGUAGUGAACUUAUUCUUUCCAAUUUAACAAAAUAAUUAGUAAUAAAUUUUGACUAAUUCUAAAGAAUAAACACAUUGCAAAGUGUUACCAAUGUAGUUCCCAAUAAAUUGACUGUAAACACAGUCCACUUUUUUAUUCCAGGUGACUUCAAAGAUUCUUUGGAUACCUAAUAAAAGAUUAUUUAUAGCUUUUAUCUUUAGAAGAGCAUUUAAGAUUGAUAUCUUUUAUUUUUUCAUGUACUAUCAUACUGUCAAUAUAUUAAAAGAAAUUGUAGCCAAAAAUUUAACAUACAUAUGUAUAAAGUUGUCAAAUGCGUAUUUUCACUCAUCUUACAGAUAUUGUAGGAACAAUGAAAAUUAACUUAGGCACUAUGAGCUUCAGAUUCACCAGCCUUGAGAUGAUGACUGAGAUACCAAAAAAGAAAUGCAUCUAUGGAGGUAGGAAUAUCUAUUCUAAAAGAAAAAUGACACAUACCAAUAUUCUAGCACUGUUGCUGUUUAUAGCCUACAAUAAGAAGGAGAGGCAAAACAAAAAAUUUUAAAACAACCCUACAUGCUAAGUUAUAAAAAGUAUCAUUUAUUUAAGUCCGUGGAGUUCUCUGGUAGGCCAAGAUGUGGUAUCAUCAUAGAAAUUUUAUCUGCUUUAUGAAAAACUGAAUAUUAACAGAGCAUCAUUAAUAUCUAUCUGUUGAUAACUAAACACAAAUGACUUUCCAAAGUUUUGUACUUGAGAUAUGUUAUUCUUUCGGGAAUAAAGACUUUUUGUGAGUCUGUA